CUGUCCGAAUUUAUCGAUAUUAGCCGGUAGCUGUUUUUAUUUACAUUAUUCCUGAUUUUUUGAGACAAACAAAUGUUGUGAAAAACUAAUUUAUCCAAGCUAUCGCAGCCAAGAGCAGCACAAAUAUCCUUGUGAUUUAGUUGUAAUGUGUGCAAACAAUCAACGCCCACCAACGGCGUCAUCAUCGAACAGCAGUGGAAGCGGCUAUGGCCUUUGCUAUGAAGGUCGGCUCAGUCUUAACUGUUUCCUGGCCACAUCCCUGCUGAUCCUUGUGCCAUCCGUGCUACAAAUCCAUUUUGGCAUUGUGCCAAAUGUCUGGGGUGCCGUCCUAUGGGGUCCAGUACUUUAUUAUGCGUUAAUUAAUAUGAUAAUACGAUUUUUACUUAGGAAUAGUGAUUAUCAGGUGGCCAUACGGGCCUCAUUUCUGGGAUUUGCCGAGGCGGUCAGCAUUCUAGUCAUUUGUUUUGCCCCCCAACCUUGGCAGCAAUUUGGUGUCUAUGGCUGCUUCAUGGCAUUUUUUCAUUAUUCCGAAUUCUUGGUCAUUGCCUGGGCCAAUCCGCGCACCUUGUCAAUUGACAGUUUUAUGCUCAAUCACUCAGUGCAUUAUGGUCUGGCAGCAGCAGCCAGUUGGAUUGAAUUCGUAUUAGAAUUAUUCUUUCUGCCCGAAUUCAAACGUUAUGCCUAUAUAUGGUUAGUGGGCGUGGCAAUAUGCAUUAUCGGUGAACUGAUAAGGAAGACUGCAAUUAUCACAGCCGGACGGAGCUUUACACAUUUGGUUCAAGAUGAAAAGCAGACGGAUCAUAAGCUCAUUACACAUGGCAUUUAUGCAUACAGUCGGCAUCCGUCGUAUGUUGGCUGGUUCUGGUGGUCAAUUGGCACACAAAUUGUCUUAAUGAAUCCGAUUUGUGUCUGCCUUUAUGCUUUAGUCAGUUGGCUCUUCUUUCAUGAUCGCAUCUAUGUUGAGGAGUAUUCGUUGCUUAAUUUCUUUCAAUCGGACUAUGUACGCUAUCAGAAACGUGUGCCAACGGGUCUGCCCUUCAUCAAGGGCUAUCUAAUUGAAUAGCCCAUGGCCCCGGUGACGACCUCAAUGGGCCCAAUGGAAUCUUCUUCCAAAAAUCAGUCAGAUACACAAAUUCUUCAAACAAACAAUCUAGUGUAAGCUCUAUUCAGAAACUUUUGUAAUUACACAAUGUACAACAUGUUCUAUUAAUACAUAUAUAAAUAUAUACAAUUUACAUACAUAUAAAUCAUAGAAAA